GGACGCGAAUGUCGUCAUUGCGUCGCACGAUGGCUCUCACGCGGUAUCAUCUGCACAAACGAACCUUUGUCGGGCUUGUGCCGCUAGUGUGCGCCUUCCUGUUCGGUAUGCUGCUAACGGCACUGAUUGCCAACACCAACCCGGCUUGUACGUCGACGGGCCGGGUGUACGAUCCGGAAAAUUCCUACUUUCUCAUACUGCUCAUCGUGACGGCGCCCGAAAACUUUGAGCGCCGGACAACGAUCCGCGAAACGUACCUGAACUUGCGGCCACGCAUGAUCAACGAAAGCUACCAGGACGAGCUGAUACACAUUCCACCGUACAAUGAACGGGGCCACGUACAGCACGAAUCAGUCCAAGUGCAGCGCACCCUGCUCGCCAACUAUCAAGCGUGGCUGCAGAAGCCGAUCAAAAACAUAAAGGUAAUUAAUUUCAAAAUUAAACCCCUAUUUGCGAUCGGCAUGCAUGGACAGCCUAAGAAUAUACGGCGAGCGAUCUAUGAGGAACAGCGCGUCUUUGGGGACAUUCUCGAGCUGGAAGAAUUGCAGGAUUCGUAUGCGAACUUAACAAGCAAGCUGCUGCACAGUAUGCAGAAGAUCGAUGCGAAGUAUGACUUCCGGUAUCUGGCCAAGCUGGACGACGAUACGUACGUUAAGUUGGACGUGUUGGCGGAAGAUUUGUUGAGCUAUUAUGAAAAGCUGCACCAGGUGCAGCAGAACACGAACAAAGCCCCGACGAUGGAGCUGUACUGGGGUUAUUUCCGUGGAGCUGCCACCAUACAAAAGCAUGGGGCGUGGCAGGAGAAAGAUUACACACUGUGCGAUCGGUACGGGCCGUACGCACUCGGAGGUGGUUAUGUGCUGUCGAGGGGAUUGGUGUCGUUCAUUGCUACCUAUGCCGACCAGCUGAGCAUGUACAAGAGUGAGGACAUUGCGGUCGGGACGUGGCUGGCACCGUUCCGUAACGUCCACCGGCGGCAUGACGUUCGAUUCGACACGGCAUGGGCACCGCGGGCCUGCAAGGAUUAUCAUAUGCUGCUACACAAACGUACCGCACGGCACAUGCGUGAUCUUUAUGCGGGGGAAAUGUGUACACACGAGGAGGACAAACCCCCGACAGGAAAUAACAAACUACCAAGAGAGUAUUUUUACGACUGGACGCAACCUCCGAGCGCGUGUUGCAAUACCGUAGUAUAG